ACGUUUACAAUUUGACAUUUACAUAACCUUAAAAAUUCCCAAACAUAACCAACGAAAAACACGUCUGCAUACUUUUAAAAUGAGUUUUAACGGCUACAGAGAUCUUAUAGAAAAAGGUGAUACAGUGGUUUUAUAUUUGACAAUAAAUCAGAUUUAUUCUAUACAAGCGGAACCAAAAACCACAAAUAAAAAAGGAAAUUUAAUAGAAAAUGUGUUUCAAACACCUUAUGGGGCUCUAAAAUGCGAAGACUUAAUAGGUAAGCCUUAUGGCAGUAAAAUAACGUUAAGUAAAGGAUGGGGGUAUAUUUUACAACCUACACCAGAAUUGUGGACAAUUACUUUACCUCACCGAACACAAAUAAUCUAUACACCUGACAUAAGCAUGAUUAUAUUGCAAUUGGAGAUUGUACCAGGCAGUACGGUUAUUGAAAGUGGUACAGGCAGUGGUUCUUUAUCUCACGCGUUGAUAAGAGCCGUUAAACCACAUGGACAUUUGCAUACUUUUGAUUUUCAUGAAGUUCGAGCUAACACAGCCAGAGAAGAAUUUAAAAGCCAUGGUUUAGAAGAAUAUGUGUCAGUUCAGCAUAGGGAUGUAUGUGAAAAUGGAUUUGGGGAACAUUUAAAAAAUAAAGCAAAUUCAAUAUUCUUGGACUUACCUCAUCCUUGGUUGGCUAUCCCACAUGCUGUUGGGUCUUUGAAAGAAAGUGGUGGACGAUUAUGCUCAUUCUCACCUUGCAUAGAACAAGUGCAAAAAAGUUGUUUGGUAUUAUCAAAAUUAGGAUUUCAAGAAAUAGAAACAAUAGAAGUUUUGCAAACACAAUACAAUGUUCAAAGUAGAAAUUUACCAGUUUUAAAUUUGGAUUUUGUUAAAACUGAAAAGGAAGAAGGCAAAGUGGAAAAAAAAGAAAAAGAAACGAUUAAAACUGUGACCUGUAUACCACCAAACUCUUUACCAGGCCACACAGGAUAUUUAACAUUUGCAACCUUACCUCCAAUUUGGGCAAGAACAUUACAAUUUAAUAUUAACGAUGAUGAUUGUGAAAAUUAA